AUGGAGCCGAAUUUGACGCGCGUGGAGUCGCCCGGUGGGAAACCAGGUCAUGCACCAGGCAAAUCGAUAACCGCUUUACUCGAACGGAACUUCGGUUCGAAUACGCAGAGCACCCCCGAGGACAAGAAUGCGAUAUGCACUUUGCGACGCGCCCACACAGUGGCACAGGGAAAGAAUGUGGGAGAGAAAUCAAAAGUGGGCUCCAAGACAGCAAGGGAGAGAAUAGCAACCUCGUUUCUAAGGGUGAAGGACAGUCAUGAAUUGCUUCGGAAGCGUUCAUCUAAACGACUCGACACCCCGGCUUCUCCACGUGAUACGCCUGCAGCAGCGAGGGAAGCGAACCAUUUCACGGUUGGAAAUGUUGGUCAGAAUGGAAAGAUCUUCCUGAGACCGAUUCGUAACCAGUCUCUCAAGGAACCUCGUCCGCAGCCCUUUGCUUCGUCUGUCGGCCAAUCUAAAGGCGACCACGUCCACUCGCGCGGACUCGACGGCCAUGGAGUGGACGAACCUUCUCGGUGGUCCAACUCGCAGCUCUCGGAGCUGCGCCCGGAACUCAUACCUGAAGAAACGUGCGACGACCGUAAGUCGAUUAAAACAGAAUCGACGCGAUCUGGACCAUAUCGUUCCCUCCAUCACCCGCGCCCUCGAGCGCGCUCUUUUUCAACAAUCUCGGAGCAGGGAUCAACCUUUCGCGCAGGGGCCAACGGAGAAUUUCGUAUCUUCAUUGAUCGAUCGGACGACCGACCCAAGUCUGCAGAUGGAUCUUUACGCCCAACCCUGGGGACUUCAAUACCUCAUUACGGCUGGGAUUUUUCCCAUUAUGGUGCCGAUGGAAGCACUCCCCUUUACAAUUCUAUAUACUCGAGGGCCUCAUUAUCGGACAACUGUCUGGCCGCGCGCUUCUUGCGGGAAAGCUUGAACACUGGCCCGAUCUCUGAUGUUUAUCUUAGCCAACCAGAUAGGCCGUCCUUUGCCGCCUCGAUGUUCUCUGGAACACCUGCCAUAGAGUUAACUCGGGGCUCUACUGCCACCGACAAACCAAUCCUAUAUGAACUCAAAGAGCCCAUUGAGCCGUCAAUUUUCGAGAAUUUAGUUCCGGAGAUGGAUGAUGAUCGGGUAGUUCGGUAUGUUCCACGUACCAAGGACAUCAGCGCUGCUACCCCGGCCCGCAUUGUUGCGCAGAUAUCGUCUGAAUCUUUCAUGGAUUAUGAAUUGGUCUCGGAUUUCUUCCUCACAUUUCGUUCCUAUCUCUCCGCCAGCUCUCUCCUUGCUCUUCUGCUUGCGCGACUGCAAUGGGCGAUUAACCGCCCGCAAGACGAUGGGAGAAUCAUUCGUAUUCGCACGUUUGCAGCUCUUCGACAUUGGAUCCUGAAUUACUUUGUCGACGAUUUUAUUCCUGACUAUGACCUUCGGGUUCGUUUCUGUGAAACGAUCAAUCGUAUGUAUGAUAGUGUCAAGGCUCGAGAAGGUGGCGGAACGAGUGAUUUAAAGAUCCUCAUCGACCUCAAACGGUGCUGGUAUGGAAGAUGUUCUUCCUACUGGGACUUUCAGGACCAACACAUCGCAUACCACACCCCAGAUUACCUCAUUGUUCCAGGCGGCGAUGAACAGCUGGCGACAGGCUGUGCUGAAAGUCAUCUAAAAAUGGUUCGUACUACAAGUGGCCAGGACCGUGAAGGCCGGCCCCGGCCACCCCAUGUGCGGAAUGAUUCAUCAGCUACUGCCAAGAGUAUGCCAGUCUCGGCAGACAGUGACCAGAGUAUUCACGCAACGUCGUGUUCUCUACCGCCUAAAUCUCCUAAACGCCUCUCUAUGUCAGUUAUGGACACCAAGGGCCCACAUCUAGUGGCUCUUGCGCCUUUGAAACCAGUGGGUUCCCUGCAGGAUCCCCCUACAUCUUCCCCAGUCGCAUCAAGGCGAUUCCCCUUCCAUAGCCAUGCACAUAAACGCAGUGGUAGUUUCUCAGAUUCUGCGCGAGACGGCAGAGCGCCUUUGUCUUUGCUCAAGCUCGAUUCGCAAGGGCACCUCUCGACCGCAGAUACCCUGAACCUUGGUGCCUUAAUACGCGGUGAGCUAUAUGCUCCGGCUGAGUCGUACAUGACAAUGAUGGCCCCGCCGUCUCCCCCUCUACCGUUUUCUUCUGGCACGGACCGACAAAGUCAGCCUGAGGAAACAUCUAAGCCUGCUAUUUCGAGUUCUGGCGUUAAGACUAUUAUUGGGUCGAUACGCCGUGCUCUGAACAGUAGAAGUGGGGGCCAAGGUACAUCUACGCGGAACACACACGGGCAUUUCGCCCCGUCAACUCGAGGCAAAACGUCAGCUAUGCCAACAAACGUCGCGUUUGGUUCAGAUUACUACCGAGACAGAAAGGCAGCGACUGCGGCCAAGAAACCGGCGAGGAUUGAUAUCCUGUGUGAUAGGUCAUUGCAAGAGUAUCACCGUGCUCUUACUGGGUAUGUCGACGCCAAAGAUGAUGACCCAGUUCAGGAGGCGGGUACUCUGCGGUCCAAAAGAUCCUGGGUCGGACCUGGCGUGGAUGUCGAUGAACUUGAUCACCCGGCCCUUCGGCCUGACCAAGGUCGAACUAAGAGUGUAUUGACGGGUGGCAGUAAAUCUAUCGUCAUCGUUGAUGACACUGGUUUUAGAAAUCCUCUUAUGUCCGGCGCGGUUGGUCUCGAACAACCCCCUGGCUUUCUGAACGGAGAGCAUUCGCCCAUUACUCCGAGAGCUGCUUCUUUCUAUCCCCAAUCCCAAAGGUCAACAGUUGCUGGUGAUGAAUAUUCGUUGCCCAUUUAUUUCGACGACACGGACUCUAGAUCACUCAGCAGAGCCUCCCAGUUUCUGCGCCCGCCAGGCCUCUUUGCAUCACAAAGGUCUAGCUCUGUAGGGCGUGGAUCAACAUCAUGGAAAAGGACGUCGCCAUCACUUCGUCUUCGCAAGUAUGCUUCUUUUCAAAGCGGAAUAUCAAGACAGCGUCUGGCAGUGGUUGCCGAGCCAGAUAUUCCGAGUGUAGACCAAGACUCGCCAGGAAACAUUGAAAAACCGGCUGGUCCGACGCUUCGCAGACGCCCUGGUGGAGAUCUACGUCAGAUGCGAGAUGGCUGGGUAGUCCAUUACCCUCACAGCCAGCGUCUUUUGUGUCAGGAUUUAAGGCGUUCAUUUGAGGCGGCCAUCGCGCAGUUUGCGCAAAUUCCAGACGACGACGACGGGGGAGUCGAGUCAGCUUUAAUGAAGCUUGAAGGUAAAUGGACAGGAGGGCCCACUGACACUGCUGCUGAGCCGCAGAAGAACCACCAGGCUCAGCGUAGCGCGCGUGAACAGGAGUUCUACCACACUCCUCAUGUCCGCACCGGAUGGGACGCUGGGGUCCAUAGACGCCAAACCUUGGCCAGCGAAAGCUCGGCUUAUUCACACUUUCGAGGGCGCAGUGUCCCUCGCAGGCCUUAUUCCGAGUCGCUCGCAGAGUCGGAAGACUCGUACAGCUCUAUACCUCUCCUUGAGCGUGGACUAAGCGAUGAAUCAAUGAAAAAGCCUAGCCAGAGCCGAACCAAUUCACAUCAGGCUGCGCCUGGUCGAGUCCAGCCGAGUGAUGCCUCAAGUAAAUACACCUGGUAUACAGAAUCAUCGCACCCUUCUUUCGAUAUCGUGAAGGAGACCGAGAGUAUCAAGCGCAUUCCACGAGGGUCAACGUUCCCGGCGCCUCAUGGCUUUAGUCGCCGUCUAUCAGGCCUUUCUGAGAACUCAGCGAACUUGCUCGAUUCCCAAGAGGCGGCCGAUCAACGGCUUUCAUUUUAUACAGACAGCAUGAGCCGAUCGUCGUUAGGUAUACCACGCCAUCCUCUCGCCCAUCCCCCUACUCCUCCAAUGACCAUACAACACCGUUCUGUGACAUCCUGCGCAUCCCCCUUGAAUCCUGCUCUUUUCCAGGCCCCACCCUUGACACCGGAUCCAUCCCCCAGUCGAAACAUUGAGUCCGCACACGUCCGAGCAAUAGAUACACAACACGUCUCUGGCGAUGUUCUUUCUCGGUCAGAAUGGGGCCGUCAAUACCAGGACCUCGAACCUGAUCAUGUACCUUUCAUCCUCUCUUGCGAAUCUCGAAAUCUCGCCCAACAGUUGACCAUAAUAGAAAUGGCUGCACUUAGUGAGAUCGACUGGAAGGAUCUUGUUGACAUGAGAUGGAGUAGUGGAUCUCCCUCGUCAGUGAGCUGGGUGGAAUUUCUCAUGGAAGAAGAGCGCCGGGGCAUCGAUCUUGUUGUGGGACGUUUCAACCUAAUGGUGAAAUGGAUCCUCUCGGAGAUCGUUCUCACACGUGAUAUCCAUGAGCGGGCUCGCACUAUUGCCAAGUUCAUCCAUACGGCUGCACAUGCCAGACGCAUGUGUAAUUAUGCGACUAUGCUUCAGAUCGCUAUCGCGCUAUCCUCUACUGAUUGCUCUCGGCUUCAACAGACUUGGGCACUUGUGCCAUCUGAAGAUAGAGGCCUCUUGAAAGAUAUGGAAGUGCUUAUCCAGCCUGUGCGUAAUUUCCAUGACCUUCGUGUCGAAAUGGAAACAGCAAAUGUACAAGGGGGUUGCAUUCCCUUUGUUGGUCUGUAUGUACAUGACCUUACAUACAACUCCCAGAAGCCAGCACAGGUUGCAGCCCAUGACGGAGAGCCUUUGAUCAACUUCGAACGCUACCGCACGACCGCUAAAAUAGUGAAAAGUCUUCUUCGCUUGAUUGAUGCUAGUACCAAGUACACAUUCGCGCCGGUGCAGGGCAUCAUCGAACGCUGUCUUUGGAUUGCAUCGCUCUCGGAAGAGGAAAUCCAAACUCAUAGCAAGCGGCUUGAGUAA